AAAAAGAAAAGAAAAGUAGGAAUCAAUUACAGACAUUAUUGAGAGUGUUUCUAUUCCGAGAGAAGAAGAUGAUGAGUUCAGCUGUUGUUUUCUCUCGACAACCUUAAAACCAAAGGAAGAAGCUUUCUCUCUUCUCUUCAGAGUUCUUCCUCUGAGAGAAGGAACAUUUUUAUUUAUUUAUAUUAAAACAUGGGAAUGGGGAGGCAUCAGAAAUCUGGAGUUCCAGCGAGAUGGGUUCUUGUUCUCUGCAUUUCUAGCUUCCUCCUCGGUGUUCUUGUCAUUAACAGGCUUUUGGCUACUUCUGAAACCGUAGAUAGCAAUGGGAGAGCUUCAUCUGAUCAAGCUACAUCACUUCAUCCUCUUGUUGAUUGCCAGAACAAGGAAGGAGACACUCUAUCUCGAGUUUCCCAUACUCAUGAUGUUAUCAAGACACUAGACAAAACAAUAUCGUCCCUUGAAGUGGAACUAGCUACGGCUCGAGCAGCAGCAAGAUCUGAUGGAUCUCCAGCUGUUUCAAAAGCAGUAGCUGAUCAAUCAAAGGAACGGCCUCGGAUGUUCUUCGUGAUGGGAAUCAUGACUGCUUUCAGUAGCAGAAAACGAAGAGACUCCAUAAGAGGAACCUGGCUCCCUAAAGGAGAUGAACUGAAAAGAUUGGAGACAGAGAAAGGAAUCAUUAUGCGAUUUGUCAUUGGUCACAGUUCCUCUCCUGGGGGAGUCUUGGACCACACAAUUGAAGCAGAAGAAGAACAACACAAGGACUUCUUUCGCCUGAAUCACAUAGAAGGUUAUCAUGAGUUAUCAUCUAAAACCCAAAUAUACUUCUCAUCGGCUGUUGCAAAAUGGGAUGCGGACUUCUACAUCAAAGUGGAUGAUGAUGUUCACGUUAAUCUCGGAAUGCUUGGUUCUACAUUGGCUCGCCACAGAUCAAAAGCGCGAGUGUACAUUGGGUGCAUGAAGUCUGGACCUGUCCUUGCUCAAAAAGGAGUCAAGUACCAUGAGCCGGAAUAUUGGAAGUUCGGUGAAGAAGGAAACAAGUACUUCAGACAUGCCACUGGACAAAUCUAUGCCGUCUCCAAAGACUUAGCAACCUAUAUCUCAGUAAACCGGCAACUACUACACAAGUACGCGAAUGAAGAUGUCUCUUUAGGAUCAUGGUUCAUUGGUCUAGAUGUUGAACACAUCGAUGACAGAAGCCUCUGCUGCGGAACACCCUUAGAUUGUGAGUGGAAGGGUCAAGCAGGAAACCCUUGCGCAGCAUCCUUCGACUGGAGCUGCAGUGGAAUCUGCAAAUCAGUGGAUAGAAUGCUUGAAGUACACCAACGUUGCGGAGAAGGCCAAGGAGCAAUCUGGCACACCAGUUUCUAAGCUCUCUGACCAAUUUUAAUGUAUAGCUUCAGCUUCUUAUGUUAUGGAUGAUGAUUAGUGUAGGUUAUGAUCAUAAUGAUGAUGUUCAUGUUAAACAUUAAAGGAAUCAUCAUCUAAAAGCCUCAAGUUUUGCCUCCUUAAUCAAAUCCUAAACCCUAAAUUUGAUAAUGAAUGAUUCCUUUUGUGUUUGGAUUAUAGAAAAAAUAAUUUGUUUUGUUUUUA